AUGCAAGUGCCUUUGCUGCGUCUACAGUGCGGUUGCAAUAGCUAUGAGUGGGGCAAGGUGGGAAAGGACUCGGCCGCAGCACGAUUCGCAGCGGCUACCAAUCUCCAAAUCGAAGAGGAGAAGCCGUACGCCGAGCUGUGGAUGGGCACCCACCCCUCGAACCCCUCCAAAGAUCUCACGACCGGCCGCACCCUCCUCGACCUCGUGCAAGACAACAAGGCCCUAAUGUCCACGUCAAUAGCCAAGAAGUACAACGACAAGCUCCCCUUCCUGUUCAAGGUUCUCUCAAUCAACAAGGCCCUCUCAAUACAAGCACACCCCAACAAGCAGCUCGCGGAGACUUUGCACGCUCGAGAUGGCAAGAACUACCCGGACGACAACCACAAGCCAGAGAUGACUAUCGCUAUCACGCCGUUCGACGGGCUCUGUGGUUUCCGGCCUCUCAACGAAAUCACACACUUCUUACAGACCGUCCCGAGUUUGAGAGAGCUCGUCGGCGCGGAGAAGGCGGAGGAAUUCGAACAGACGGUACAGGGGCAGGAGACCAGCGAGGAUAAGAGCAAGAUGGAAUCGAACAAAAAGGCGCUACAAACAGCCUUCACAGCCCUUAUGGAGUCGAAAUCAGAAGACAUCGAGCGCUUAGCCCCCAAGCUCAUCCAACAAGCCAAAGACGAAGGCAGCACGUUCGCCGGCUCCGGCGGCCCUUCCAACUCCGGUCAAGAACUGGCAGACCUGAUGCAGCGCCUCAACGGCCAAUUCCCAAGCGACAUCGGGCUCUUCGUCACCUUCUUCCUCAACUACGUCAAGCUCGAGGUCGGGGAAGCGAUGUUCCUAAAAGCAGACGAUAUCCACGCUUACCUCUCCGGCGGUACUCACCCCACUUACCCCCCCUCAAUCUUUUUCACUAACGAAUUCAUCACAGACAUAAUCGAAUGCAUGGCCUCCUCCGACAACGUCGUCCGCGCCGGCUUCACCCCGAAAUUCAAAGACGUCCCCACCCUCACCUCCAUGCUCACCUACAGCUAUGCCCCCAUCGCCGAGCAGAAAAUGUCGCCCACACCGUACCCGUACGUCAAACUUAAUUCCACAGCUUUCCAAUCCAAUUCUGCGUGUACGCUGUACGACCCGCCGAUCGAGGAGUUUUCGGUGGUGAAAGCGGAGUUGAAUAGCGAGGGCGCGAAGGCGACUUUUGGAGCGCUGGAGGGGCCGAGUGUUGUGCUCUGUACGCAGGGGAAGGGGAGGGUGAGUGUGGGGCCGAAGGUGGAGGAACUGAGAGAAGGGUGGGUUUACUUUGUUGGGGCGACGGCGGAGUUGGUGGUGGAGAGUACGGGAGGGCAGCCGCUGGUUUUGUUCAAGGCUUUCUGCGAGAUUGAGGAGGAGGUGGGGAAUGGGGUUAAUGGGAAGAUGUGA